AUGAAGUUCCUCCAGACUGCCACGGCCCUUGCGUCGUUGGCUUCGGCCGUCGCCGCCAACGGUGGACCGGGCAAGCAGAAGCCCUUGAUCAACUCCAAGAAGCUCCAGUCCGAAAUCACCACAAAGGGCCUCAUGUUCAAUCUCGAACGACUGAACACGAUCGCUUUUGCCAACGGUGGAAACCGCGCCUUCGGCCUUCCGGGAUACGCCGCCUCGGUCGAUUUCGUAUGGUCUCAGAUCUCCAAGGUCAAGGGCGCCAAAGCAUGGAAGCAAGAUUUCCCAGCUCUGUUCAACUUUGUCGAGUCCAUCUCGCUCAGGGUUGCCGGUGAGGACAUCUACGUCUACGGCCUGACAUACUCCCCAUCCACGAGCGCCGAAGGUAUCACGGCCGAGAUUGUGGCCGGACCUGAGGGUGCCGCUGGCUGUGAUGAUGCUUCUUACCACGAUCUGGACGUGAAGGGCAAGAUUGUGCUGGUCCAGAGGUUCCGUUGCCCAACCGGCGGUACCCUUGCCGGAAGGCUGCUACCUGCUGCCCGUGCCGGCGCCGUGGCUGUCAUUAUCUACCAUGAUAUUACCACCAAUGUGACGGCCGGCUCGCUGUCGGCCCCCAACCCCGAGCACGUUCCUGGUGGCUUCAUCAACCUGGUUGACGGCGAACGUAUCAAGACGCGUCUUGCUGCCGGCGAGACUCUGGAGGCUACCUUCCAGCAGACCCAGGUUAUUGAGACGAGGAUUACACAAAAUGUGUUUGUGGAGCUGGAGGGUGGUGACAAGGACAAUGUCGUCGUGCUCGGCGCACACUUGGACAGCGUGCAAGCUGGUCCCGGUAUCAAUGAUGACGGCUCCGGCACCAGUCUGCUUCUUGAGCUGUUCAAAGCUGCCAGCAACUAUCGCACCAAGAACAAGGUCCGUUUUGCCUGGUGGGGUGCCGAGGAGAACGGUCUCCUUGGAUCUCGCUUCUACACGCAGAGCCUCACCACCAAGGAGGCCGACCAGAUUCUGGCCUACCUCAACUUUGACAUGGUUGCCAAGGGUUUCAUCGGCGUCGGCGAUGCUGAUGGCAGUUCGCACGGCAGCGUUGGGCCCCCGGGCUCCGAGGUCAUCGAGCGCAUCUACAACGAGCACUUCCAGAAGCAGGGCAUUUCCGUCACCCCAGCUGUGGUCACCAACGGGAGCGACUACGCUUCGUUUUGGCAGGUUCUGAACAAGCCUUUUGGAUUCCUCCAUACUGGAACCGGGGUGGAGCAAGACCCGUGCUACCAUCAAGCGUGUGACACGAUCAACAAUCCUGACCCCAAGACCAUCACCAUCAACGCCAAGGCUGCUGCACACAUGCUGAGCGUUCUGUCCGUCGACGGCACCAAGCUUAUCCCCAAGACCAAGCAAAAGGCAUCCAUGUUCGCCGCUAUCCGCAUGCGCGACGUGGGACCGGAUGUUGUCCGUAUCGAGGAGCUCGAGGCACUGGGCGAGAGACACCUGGGAUGCGGCCAUGAUAUCUAA